AUGCUUCAACUCUUCCAAACUGUCGAGGACCUCCCAGGUUCCAGCCUAUCCAAAUACUUCCACCACUCCAGCCAGCGCAAGGCUGAAGACAACGACCUGGUCCGCACCACAUCGCGCAGCGUCACGCCGCGAAAGAACACCAACACCAUGUCCGUCAAGUCUGCUGGAAACACUCCGGCUGCCACACCAGCUCAGUCGCGCGCUGCCUCUGUCGCGGCACCAGCAUCCAAGAGCCGAUCAACUUCGCGCAUGUCGAGGUCGAUGAGCAAGGGUUUCUUCGCCUUCUAA